CCUGGAGCAAUCUCACAGGGUGGCUCCACUUUUCGUUUGAGCUCAAAUACUUUGCUGCAUUCUCGGCAGCUGCCAGACCUGCUCCUGCUCCUGCUCGGGGAGAUCAUCUGGGGAAUCCCUUGCUGACCACUGAGAGUAUGAUGAGCUCAAGCUAUUGGAGUGAGACCAGCAGCAGCAGCUGUGGGACUCAGCAACCCCUAGAGGUGCUACAGUACCAGCCGCAGCAUUAUCACUGCCUCCACCAGUCAAGUUUGCCUCAGCAGCCUCCAGAAAAAAAUGUAGUAUAUGAGCGAGUGAGGACAUACAGCGGGCCCAUGAACAAGGUGGUGCAGGCCUUGGACCCCAUCGGCUCACGGGAAGUGCUCUCCCCUCUCAAAACGGCUUCCUCCUACCAAAACUUGGUUUGGAGCGACCAUUCCCAGGAACUCCAUUCUCCAACUCUGAAAAUAUCUACUUGUGCCCCAAGCACACUACAUAUAACACAAAAUAGUGAACAGGAACUCCAUUCUCCAACAAUGAAAGUCACUACAUAUCCACAGACCACUAUUAGAAGAUACAUAGUACAAAAUCCUGAGCAGGAACCACUGUCGCCAUUCCUAAGAGGGGGCCAAUUCUUCCCAGGAAACAAUGUAAUUUAUGAAAAAACAAUAAGAAAAGUCGAGAAGCUAAAUACAGAACAGGAGUAUUAUCCUCAAGUUCAAUGCCAUCAUCACAUUGUACAACAGCCCCAGAUCAUCCAUUCUCCACACUGCCAACAGUCACAUUCUAGUCAACAAAUACAGACUAUCACAGGAAGUGAUUCAAUUUCUACAAAUAUUGGAAAUGAAUUGGCCCAUGGUGGAUCAAGCCAGAUACAUGAGCAGGUAAUAAUUCAGGAUGAUGGCCCAGAGAAAUUGGAUCCCAAAUAUUUUGGAGAGCUUCUUGCUGAUCUAAGUCGUAAGAAUACAGAUCUGUAUCACUGCUUGUUAGAACAUUUGCAGAGAAUUGGAGGAAGCAAACAAGAGGUUGAGUCUACAGAUGAGUCAGAAGACAUUGAAUCAUUGAUUCCUAAAGGAUUGUCAGAGUUUACAAAACAACAGAUUCGUUACAUUCUGCAGAUGAGGAGUAUGUCUGAUAAGUCACUCCGGCUAGUCCUGUCUACCUUCAGCAACAUACGAGAGGAACUUGGACAUCUUCAAAAUGACUUGACAUCACUGGAAAAUGACAAGAUGCGACUUGAAAAAGACUUGGCAUUCAAAGAAACUCAAAUGAAAGAGUAUGAAGAACUCUUGGCAUCAGUGAGAGCAAAUAAUCGCCAGCAACAACAAGGGCUUCAAGACUCAAACUCAAAAUGUCAGGCAUUGGAAGAAACCAAUCUCUCUCUCCGACAUACACUGUCAGACAUGGAAUACAGACUAAAAGAACUGGAAUAUUGUAAACGUAACUUAGAACAAGAGAAUAAAAACCUUAGAAUACAGGUUUCUGAGACUUGCACAGGCCCUGUGCUGCAGGCUAAAAUGGAUGAGAUUGGCAGCCAUUACAUGGAGAUGGUAAAAAACUUGAGACUGGAAAAAGAUAGAGAGAUCUGCAAACUAAGGUCUCAAUUAAACCAGUAUCAAAAGGAUGUUUCAAGAAGAGAAGGAAGUUGUAGUGACUUCCAGUUCAAGCUUCAUGAACUGACAAGCUUGCUUGAAGAAAAAGAUUCUCUGAUAAAGCGGCAGUCAGAGGAGCUCUCAAAAUUGAGACAAGAAAUAUAUUCAUCUCAUAACCAACCCUCCAGUGCUGCAAGGACUACUAUUACUACCAAAAAGUACAGAACACAAUAUCCAAUCCUAGGUCUCCUGUAUGACGACUAUGAAUAUAUACCACCAGGUAGUGACACACAGACGAUUGUGAUUGAGAAAACGGAAGACAAGUGGACUUCAGUAAGUUUUAUUAGAUAUAUCUAGCUCCAUUUUAACUAUAUCUUAAUUGCUUAUUAAAAAUUGAGCUAAAAUAUCAA